AUGGACAUCAACCCCUGGAUGAGCAACUACACUGGCCUGUCAGAUUUCACCCUGGUGGGACUCUUCAGUCAAGCCAAACACCCUGCCCUGCUUGCUGUGGUCAUAUUUGUGGUUUUCCUGGUGGCCUUGUCAGGGAACGCCAUCCUAAUCCUUCUGAUACUCUCUGACACACACCUCCACACUCCCAUGUACUUUUUCAUCAGCCAGCUGUCCCUCAUGGACAUGAUGUACAUUUCUGUCACUGUGCCCAAGAUGCUCAUGGACCAGGUCCUAGGGAGCCACACGAUCUCAGCUGCUGCCUGUGGGAUGCAGAUGUUUCUGUACUUGACACUUGUAGGUUCAGAAUUUUUCCUUCUGUCUGCCAUGUCUUAUGACCGCUAUGUGGCCAUCUGUCACCCACUCCGUUACCCUGUCCUCAUGAACCGUAGAGUGUGUCUUCUCCUGACAUCUGUCUGUUGGUUCCUGGGAUCCUUGGAUGGUUUCAUGCUGACCCCUGUCACCAUGACCUUCCCAUUCUGUGGGUCCCGGGAGAUCCACCACUUCUUCUGUGAGGUUCCCGCUGUGACAAAGCUGUCCUGUUCAGACACCUGGCUCUCUGAGACCCUCAUGUACCUGUGCUGUGUGCUCAUGCUUCUCAUCCCUGUGACGGUCAUCUCCAGCUCCUAUUCAUCCAUCCUCCUCACUGUCCUCAGGAUGAACUCGGCAGAGGGCAGGAAGAAGGCCUUUGCCACCUGCUCCUCCCACAUGACUGUGGUCAUCCUGUUCUAUGGCGCUGCUGUCUACACCUACAUGCUCCCUGCCUCCUUCCACACCCCUGAGAAGGACAUGGUGGUGUCUGUGUUUUACACAAUACUCACCCCUCUGUUGAACCCCCUAAUCUAUAGCCUUCGGAAUAAGAAUGUCACAGAGGCUAUGAAGAAGCUGUUCACUGUGAGACCCCUCUUUCAGGAAACAAUGAAGUAA